AUGAAUGAUAAUAAUCUUUUAUUUGAAUCAAAUCAAAUAUCAUCCGAUGAUCAACUUUCACAAAUAAUUGAUUCAAUUAAUCUGUCACCUUCAUGUGAAGAUGCAACUACAACAACUCGUACAACUGGACAAACAGCAAUUGGUGCUAAACUUGUUAAAAAAUUAGAAACUUUAGCUGCAGUGUCAAAAGAAAACAAACCAAAUAAUAGUAAUGAAUCUGAUUCACGUCGAAAUAUUACUAAAACUGCUAAGAAUAUGAUUAAAAAUUUAACUGAUCCAGAUCCACAAAAAAAUCUUUUAACAUUAGCAACAAAAAUAGUUGAAUUACAAGAACAACAUCGAUUGAUUCAAGUCAAAAAUAAUGAAUUAGAAAAACGAACAACAACUUUGCUACGUGAACGUGAUCAAAUCUUACUUGAAAAUAGUCGUGUAAACGGAGCUAAAACAAAAUUAGAAAGUCUCUGUCGUGAACUUCAUCGACAUAAUCAACAAAUACGUGACGAUGGUACUCAACGACAACGUGAAGAUGAAACAAAACGUCGAGAAUUAGCAACAAAAUUUCAAACAACGAUUGAUGAAAUAGCAUCACAAUUAACUAAUUAUAGUGAAAAAUCAACUUCAUUACGUGAACAAAAUACUGAAUUAUCUGAACAAUUAGCAUCUCUUGUUAAAGAUUAUGAAUUACGUGAAAAAGAAAAUGAAUUAGCAUUAAAGAAAAAAGAACUUGAAUUACGUUUAACUGAAUCAAGUUUAGAAAAAAGUCAUACGCUACUUGAUGAACGUAAUGAAUUAGUUAAACAAGAACGACAAGUUAGUGACGCUGAACGUUUGGUUUUAUAUAAAAAAUGUGAAGAACUAUCAGCAUCAGAAUUAAGUCUUCGUUCACAAGUACAAAUGUAUGCUGAACGUUAUCAUGAAUUUCAAAAUGCUAUUCAACAAAGUAGUCAAAUGGUAACAUCAUGUCAUACUGAAAUAGAAAAAAUGGGAAAAAAAAUAAAAAUAUUAGAAAAAGAACGAGGUGAUUUUCGACAUCGAUGGGAAAUUGCAGAACAAAAUCAAAAGAAAUCAAUUGAAGAUUAUAAACUUUUAGAAAAAGAAAAACGACAAUUAGAAAUUAAACUUGAUAAACUUGAUAAAUUAAGUCGAGCUUUACAACAAGAAAGAAUUGAUUUACAAGCAACAAUAAGAAAUCUAUCGAAAUCUACAACAGUGUCAGAUGAAUUACAAUCAAUAAUCUCUUAA